AUUUCCUGCGCGCCACCGGAAGUGAUGAGCUAUCAGUGCUGCGGCGCUGUGCUUAGAGUACCAAGUCGUCGGUAUGGCAAAAACCGUAGCCUAUUUCUAUGACCCGGAUGUGGGGAAUUUCCAUUAUGGCACAGGUCAUCCCAUGAAGCCACAUCGUCUAGCUCUUACUCAUAGUCUGGUUCUCCAUUAUGGCCUUUAUAAGAAGAUGAUUGUCUUCAAGCCUUACCAAGCCUCCCAACAUGACAUGUGCCGUUUCCACUCAGAAGAUUACAUUGACUUCCUGCAACGUGUUAGCCCCAAUAAUAUGCAAGGUUUCACCAAGAGCCUGAAUACUUUUAAUGUUGGAGAUGAUUGCCCAGUGUUCCCUGGACUCUUUGAAUUCUGCUCUCGUUAUACUGGUGCCUCUCUACAAGGAGCAACACAGCUAAACAACAAGAUCUGUGACAUUGCAAUUAAUUGGGCUGGAGGUUUGCACCAUGCAAAGAAAUUUGAGGCUUCUGGGUUUUGUUACGUCAAUGAUAUUGUAAUUGGCAUUCUGGAGCUACUCAAAUAUCACCCCCGUGUUCUUUAUGUAGAUAUUGAUAUCCAUCAUGGAGAUGGGGUACAGGAAGCAUUCUAUCUCACAGACAGAGUUAUGACUGUAUCGUUUCACAAAUAUGGCAAUUAUUUUUUCCCUGGUACUGGUGACAUGUAUGAAGUUGGAGCUGAAAGUGGAAGAUAUUAUUGUCUUAAUGUUCCUUUAAGAGAUGGAAUUGAUGAUCAAAGCUAUAGACACCUUUUCCAGCCUGUCAUCAAACAAGUGAUAGAUUUCUACCAGCCAACCUGCAUUGUUUUACAGUGUGGGGCUGACUCAUUAGGCUGUGAUCGAUUAGGUUGCUUCAACUUGAGCAUAAGAGGACAUGGGGAUUGUGUUCAGUAUGUGAAAAGCUUUAACAUACCUUUACUCGUGCUAGGAGGUGGUGGUUAUACAGUGCGCAAUGUAGCGAGAUGCUGGACGUAUGAAACGUCUCUGCUAGUUGAUGAGACAAUCAGUGAAGAGCUCCCAUACAGUGAAUAUUUUGAGUACUUUGCACCAGAUUUCACAUUGCACCCGGAUGUGAGCACCAGAAUUGAAAAUCAAAACUCUAGACAGUAUUUGGAUCAAAUCAGGCAGACCAUUUUUGAAAAUCUGAAGAUGUUGAACCACGCACCCAGUGUUCAGAUCCAUGAUGUUCCAUCAGACUUGCUGAGUUAUGACCGCACAGAUGAACCCGAUCCUGAAGAGAGGGGCUCAGAGGACAACUACAACAGGCCUGAAGCCUCAAACGAAUUUUAUGAUGGAGACCAUGAUAAUGACAAGGAGAGCGAUGUUGAAAUUUGAGUGGCUAAGCAAAAUGGGAAUCUUUGACCGAACACCAAGUGAACUUUGAGAUGUCACUACAGAUGGUUGAUUAAUGUGAGAACUUGGAUUAGGGUUUUUGGGGUUUUUGUUUUUUAUGGACAUUGAAGACCCUGUGUUUUCCCAUUCAAGGAUACCUCUUUUCGUGUGGGAUUUGUAUCUUUUCAGUAACAUAAGUUCAGCAAGGAGAACCAAAAAGAGGAACCCUACAUGAUUGCAAUCCCAUCAGCAGACAAAUGGUGGGAGUGUUUCCAAAGCCAGUCAUCUUUUGAAAUAUUCCAUAUAUAUAUACAUGCAAAAAUGUAGUUGGCUGUAUUGGUUUCCCUUUACAAAACAAGUUGUAUUGUUUUGCUGACUUAUGACCUGAACUUUCUAUCACAAUGAAUAUGUGUUAACAAAAUAAUGUGCUAUUAAAUUUACCCUAUACAUUUAACUGGACAUAUGCUACACCCAUAAUCCCCAUGUUGAUUGUUUAGCUAUGGUCACCUGUCUUGAAAGCAUGAGUUGGGUGCGCUUUAAAAAGCUAGCCUUUUAAUCUGUUCAUUGUGGUAGCCAAAUCACUAUCAAUUUUAUGAUUGAUCCAAUACAGUAGUAUAAAUAUUAGGCUAUUGGCAUAUGGCUGUAUCACGCCCCUAUUUUGGCUUUGAGUUAUGUAAAUGACUAAAUAAACAUGGUUAUUCGCCAAGUGAGAAUUGCUGGAAAUUCAAAUUGAAUUUCAAACUUAAGACCAAAAUUGACUAACUGGAAAAAUUCAAGUCUGCUAUACUUCCAGUUUAGCUUAUUUGGCAUUAAAUUUGACUUGCACUUUGAAUUCCUGAGAAUAUGCAAUUUAGUGAAUAACUUACAUUAUACCAGAUAUAACUUACCAAUCUAUUUAGGUGCAGGCACAUCCCUUACUUGCUAAACUAAAUAUAAAAAUUUAAUUUGGAAGAAACCAAAAGAUUAAUUUGGAUAUCACAAUGCGUAGACCAAAUGUGAUUAUUUAAAGGGAAGAUAAAAUCCAAGAAUGACCGGUUGGAAAUGUGCUUUUCCACUUUUUUGUUUUUAAAAACACUUUGACGGCUAAUAAAGUGUUAUUUUAGCAACUGUAUUACUUUUCUUUUCUUUGAUCGUUCUCAGAAGUGUUUCAACAGUUUUUGUAAGUAAAAUUACUCUGUUCCGCUGCCAUCUAUUUAUUGUAACUGUACUUUCACUGUCUGCGGCAUGGUGACUACGUUAUUUGGGGGUGGGGUUUUCCCCCUCUCUCUCUUUCAGAGUGAGACUUCCACAAACCUUUGCGG